AUGAAUGUGACAAGUCACGAUGACCCAUCUGACGUCACCAGACCUGUUCUACCAGUCUCGCUGCUGCAGAUGCUACAACACAUCGUGGUGGUCUACGUCGGGAACCCGCUCACCCUCGCCGGAAGUGUGGCCAACGUCAUCAACAUCGUGGUCAUCUGCAGACUGGACCACAGGCAGACGGUCAACAUCAGCCUGCUGGCUAUGGCGAUAUCGGACCUGGUGGUGGCGGUGUGCACGCUGUGGCUGUGUAUCUCUCACUCCCCGCUUCUGUACUUCAUCCCAGAUCUACCCUUCAUACCCCAAGAGAUCAGCCUUCCUACUGGUAGUUGGGUUCACGUGACCUUUUCCAGAAUCACAGCCUACCUGACUUUGCUGAUAUCCGCAGAGCGUUGUUUGUGUAUCUUACUGCCAAUGAAGGUAAAAAAUCUGGUGACUAUUGCAAGAGUUAAAGCAAUUAUAGUCGUCAUCUUUAUCUGGGGUGUCGGUAGCCAGGUUCCAAUUCUGGCCACGAACCGAUUCGUGUGGAAAUUUAUCCCGGCGAGGAACCGAUCUCUGCUGGGUCUCAUCAAAAUCGACAGCAGUGACGACGUGCAAGUUGUUGUUCACAUGCUCACCACCAUCGCCAGCCAGUUCGUCGUUUUUUUCGGCGUGGUCGUCUGCACGACCAUUCUCGUCCUCAAACUCAGACAGCAAGCAAAAUGGCGGCAGUCGUCCAGCAGCACGGAAGCCUCAGACAUCGCCUCCAAACGCGACGCGAGAGUUUCCACAACGGUCACCGUCAUCUCUGCCAUCUUUGUCGUCUGCUACUUUCCAAACACGAUCAACUUCGUCUGUGUGACCACCGUCCCAGGGUACAAUUUGUUCCAACGAUAUCACGCGCUGCUUGUUCUCGUGAGCGCUUGUACCUUCCUGCUAGAGGCUUUCAACUCCUCCAUCAACAUCGUCGUCUACUACAAGUUCAGUUCUCAGUACAGGCGACAGUUCAGACGUUUGUUCGGCUCUUGCUUCAGACUCGUCAGUCCUCGAGAGACACAGCAGGAACAAAAGACAGCGGUAUAA